GCGGGGAGUGGCAGUGGGACAUGGCCUCAGUGAACACGGUCCGAAUUCGAGUCACAAUCGGACAAAGUUGCCGUUUCAACGUAACGCUCGCUGUGUUCAAGUUCAAGUUUCUUCUCGCCAUAUUCAAUUUCAUGGCAACCCUCAGAACUCCGGCGGGUAAUUCACAGCUUAACAUCGUGUGAUCGGAGGCCGGAGACAGAGGCGAUCGGAACUUAGAACGGAAAAGCUGAUACAGAACAGAACAGAGAUUACAUCCCUUGGAAUCUGUAAGUGUAAUUGUUUCAGUGAAAAAGGAAAACCCAAAUUCCCUCUUCAGCUCGCUGUUUUCCCUCAUUUCCCCAUUUGGGGGGAAAGAAUCCGCUGGCCAGAAUGAAACCUUUCUGGAAUUGCGAUUCGCUGAAGAACCCAUCUUUCUUCAAGAUCUCGGCCUUCAYUGUGAUCUCUGUCACUUUCUUUUACCUGGGUAAACAUUGGUCUGAUGGGUACCCGCAGCUCAUCUUCUUCGCCGAGACUCGAUACGCCCCUUCAGUCUCAAUGUCUCCUAACCAUGACAAGCCCUUCAAUGUUUCUUCUCUGAUCGAGCAGAAUUUGACCCGUGCGGCUCCGGAGAAAGCACUGGUCUCGGCCUCGACCCCAGCCCCAGCCCCGGCCCUGGCCCCAUUUCCGAUUCCCGAUUCAUCUCCUCCUCCUCCUUUUCCCUCUCCGCCGCGUCCCCCUCCGGCGUCUGCUUCAGUGCAGAGGUUUGGGAUCGUGACCGAGAAUGGAACGAUGGCUGAAGAGUUUGAGAUUGGGGAUUUGGAUCCUGAAAUUACGGAGAGCUGGGGGAAUGAGAAUGAGACAGAGACAGAUGAUAAUGGCCCUGUCAAGUUUAGGAUCAAGAAGUUUGCUCUUUGCCCGCAGAACAUGAGAGAGUAUAUACCAUGCUUGGAUAACGAGGCCACAAUUAAGAAUCUGAAGCCAACUGAAAAGGGUGAAAAGUUUGAGCGGCAUUGUCCUCCUGUUGGUGAGGGAUUGAACUGCUUAGUUCCAGCUCCGAAGGGAUACCGCACGCCCAUUCCCUGGCCGAGAAGCCGUGACGAGGUGUGGUUCAGCAAUGUUCCUCAUACCCGUCUGGUUGAAGACAAAGGGGGUCAAAACUGGAUUUCCCGGGACAGAGAUAAGUUUAGGUUUCCUGGAGGUGGUACACAAUUCAUUCAUGGGGCAAAUGAGUACUUGGAUCAUAUCUCCAAGAUUGUUCCUGAUGUCGCUUUUGGUAGUCAUACACGAGUAGUUUUGGAUGUUGGAUGUGGUGUUGCAAGUUACGGUGCCUAUCUGCUUUCACGAAAUGUAGUAACAAUGUCCGUUGCUCCCAAAGAUGUUCAUGAGAAUCAGAUUCAAUUUGCUCUUGAACGUGGUGUUCCUGCAAUGGUUGCAGCAUUUUCUACUCGUCGUUUACUGUAUCCAAGUCAAGCUUUUGACCUAAUACAUUGCUCAAGAUGUAGAAUAAAUUGGACUAGUGAUGAUGGAGUUCUGUUGCUGGAGGUUGACAGAAUGCUAAGGGCUGGAGGGUACUUUGCUUGGGCAGCACAGCCUGUUUACAAGCAUGAAGAAGCUUUGGAGCAGCAGUGGGAAGAGAUGAUUAACCUUACCACUCGUCUUUGCUGGACGUUUGUGAAAAAGGAUGGGUAUAUUGCAAUAUGGCAAAAGCCAAUGAAUAACAGCUGCUAUCUUAGCCGUGAUUCAGGAGUUAAGCCUCCACUUUGUGACGUAGACGACGAUCCAGAUAAAGUUUGGUAUGUCGAUCUGAAGCCUUGCAUCACUCGGCUUCCUGAAAAUGGUUUUGGCAGAAACAUCUCGACAUGGCCUGCGCGCUUGCAUGCUCCUCCAGACAGGCUCCAGAGCAUUCAGUACGAUGCCUAUAUAUCCAGAAAUGAGCUCUUCACGGCAGAAUAUAAAUAUUGGAAUGAAAUUAUAGGAAGCUAUAUUCGUGCAUUACAUUGGAAGAAGUUAAGACUAAGGAAUGUAAUGGACAUGAGAGCUGGAUUUGGAGGGUUUGCAGCAGCACUAAUUGAUCAUAAAUUGGAUUCCUGGGUAAUGAACGUCGUCCCCGUGAGUGGACCGAACACCUUACCUGUUAUAUACGAUCGUGGACUUCUCGGAGUUCUCCAUGAUUGGUGCGAACCCUUUGAUACGUACCCAAGAACGUAUGAUCUAUUGCAUGCAGCUGGUCUUUUUUCAUCCGAGAGAAAAAGAUGCAAUAUGUCAAUAAUCAUGCUCGAGAUGGAUCGGAUCUUAAGGCCUGGUGGCCGUGUUUACAUUCGUGAUACUCUUGCUGUUAUGGACGAGCUUCUAGCAAUUGGAAAGGCGAUGGGUUGGCGUGUUACAUUGCGCGAUACAUCCGAAGGACCCCAUGCGAGCUAUAGGAUACUGAUCGGUGAAAAGCGCCUAUUGCGAGCGUGAAAAUUGUAGGAUUGUGCUGGCUAAGUACAGCUCCUUUAGCUCAUUCUUGGAGACGAGAACCAGGUAAACACAGGGGGGCUAAUAAUCCAUAUCCAGAGGCCAAGAGACCAAUGCAAACUUUGACACGCUAUAAUCUUUGAUUAGUUGGCCUCAUGGUUCGAAAUGGCUUUGUGGGUUUCCAUUUGGUGCCUUCGUAUGAUGAUAUGGGUUUGUUUUUGUAGUUGAAAAGAAAAGAAAAUGGCAUAGCAUCAUUGCAAAAAUAGACUGUAAGAACAAUUCAUCAGAAAAACACAUUGAAUCUACUCUGAUUUUUUCCUUUUUUC